GCGCGCUUCUACGUCUCUGUGCAUAGCUACUCGCAUAUCCAGUGCUAUCAACUGUCCGAAUUUAACAUUUGCGUUUUUAAAACCUUAAAAUGGCCAAAAGUCUGCGAAGUAAAUGGAAGAGGAAAAUGCGUGCGGUUAAGAGAGCAAAAAACGCUCCCAAGGAACUGGCUCGGCUGAAACAAGCCUUGGCCAACGGUGGCACGGGCGAGAUCUCCAUGAGUGACAUGCAGGAAAUCGCUACAGUGGUGCCAGCUGACAAGAUUAAGGGGAAACUGGAUGUAGAUAUGGAGGGAGGGGAAGUCGAUGAUGGAAAGAUGGACUUGGAAAGCAAGCGCAGUAAGACAACCCAACUGGAUGAGCAUGGACAGUACCCCAAAUGGAUGAGCCAAAGGCAGGCCAAGAAACUGAAAGAAAAACGAUUGAUAAAGAAAUCAGGAGGAAAGGCCAGGAAAAAAAAGAAGGGUAUUGCAUGGUAACCAAAGGACUUCUAACUUGGCCUGUAACUCACAGGCGCCUUGAACACAACAUGAGAAUUGUGGACUUAAUCUGCUUUGUGUUGAGGUUAUGAUGAGGCAAAGGAUCAUCUAUAUUGUGAAACCCUAUUGUCAAGCAGCCCAAUUCAGAUUUGUAUUUUGACAAAUGAGAUCUUUUGUAUUCAGACCUUUUCACAGCUAAUUUGAUAGAAAGUGUGAUGCCUGUCUGAAUGCCACCUUCUGUACUCCCAUUCUUUUUAUGUUGGACACAUUAUUGCAUUGGCAUCAUUUACUUGAAUAAAAGUUGUUUUCUUAUUGCUAUUGUAUCCAUAAGAAAAUCUUAUACAUACUUGUCCUUUUAUCCCAGUAAUGAUAAACCAUUAGUAACUUUAUUCUCCCUGUGGCCUAUCCUGUCUUUACAAGAACAUGUUUAAAAAAACAUCUAUAUGAUAAUUUUACUCAUGUUGCAGUAAAUAAAUGUUUCUGUUAAAGAACUUUAUUCAUUACAAUCAGUUUAUUUUUUUAAACAUUACUUUUUAAUGUGGAAUUUCCAAUGUUAUGCUUUGCCAAGUUUGAACAUGUCAUUCAAGUUACAUAAUUCUAAGCAAUUAAAAGCAAAAUAUAUAAUACUUCUAUUUUAAUAAAAACACAUUACAC